AUGAUGGAUAAACAUUAUUUUUCACCGCGCGAUCAUCAGGAGGAGGUUAUUCAACAAAACUAUGAUCAUAUUUCUAGAAGGAAUACAUGGUUGUUUUUGAUUGGAAGUGUUUUUACAUUGGCGGCACUAUCACUUGGUGGACUGACAAGAAGUGAAGUUGUAUUACCAUUUAGAGCCACAUUACCAUUCGACAGUAAUAAUAAUAAAAUUAUAUUUUGCCUCACAUAUGUCAGUCAAAGUCUAAGUCUCUACAGUUCAGGUCUUACGAAUAUUGGCGUCGAAACAUUAAUUAUGAGUUUAAAAGUAGCGGACAUAAUUAGUAUGAUCGAUUGGACAAUGUUGAGAAGACAAUCAAAACAGGGACUGAUAUUGAUUGCAAUGCGUGCGAGAAAUCCAAUAAUUAUCACCGGUGGAUCACUCAUUUCCAUGUCACUCAAUACUUUUGUUACUAUUUUACGAGCGUCUUAUACCUCGUACAACUUAUUAAAAAGUUCAAGAGUCUAA